AUGGGGAAACACAAGCCCAUAGUUAAGAGUGAGGAGGACAUCAACUCUCGUGAUAAGUACAUAACCUGGACAGACGAGGCAACUAAGUUUAUGCUUGAGUGGUAUAUUGACCUCCGUAAAGACAAACCUGCAUCUUUCAAGUUCAAGAAACAACAUCACUUACAGUGUGCGGAUGCUCUAAAUGGCAAGUUUUCGCUUGGUGUCACUCAAAAUCAAGUAGAUCGGCACUACCGUGCAUGCAAGGAGAAGUCUGGCUGGGUGCGUCGUGCCAUGGCCAAUAGUGAAAAUGGCUUCGACUAUACCUCAUGCAAAUUCACAAUUUCUGAGUCUGAGAAGGAAAAUCUCAAUGUGAGUACUGUGGUCAACUACCUUACUAAACCAAUCAGGUUCUUCCAUCAAUUGCGAGAGUUGUUCUCAAGCCAGUCCCAUGCUGAUGGUUCACUUGCAGCUGACCAAACCACUGUCAAUUUGGAUGACGAUGGUGAUGACUAUGAGAAAGUUGAAGCUUAUACAAUUCCGGUGGACAGUGAUGAAGCUGACUCGGACACCAUUGGUGGGCGAAGUCCUCGAGUUGACUUGGAUGGCAAUCCAUCGAUCAAGAAGCGCAAGCGUGUCACAUCAUCACCUCACAAGAAACAAAUUAAAGGCAAAGCAAAUAGCAAGAGCAAGGUAUGUGAUGAUGAGAUGGCAUCGAGUAUUAAGAGGCUAGCAGACUCUCUUGUAGCUCCUCCUGUCCCUAUACAACCAGUGCCACCUGCAGAUCCUUAUGCAAAUAUUUGGAAGCGAAUAAAUGCUCUCCCAGUCACAGCGAAGGACAAGCUUGAGAUCGCGGCCCAUCUAUCCAAGCCAGAGCAAGAUGUUUUUCGUAGUUACCUCAACCAUGCCGAUGACGCAUUGCUUUCAGAGUGGGUCAUUGGCUAUUUUGAGCAUCGAUUCCAGAAUGGUGGUGGCAAUGGUGGUUCCGUUGUUCCCUAA